AUGUGAGUCCCCGAACUCCUUAUCUAUUACUAUCUUCCCACGAGGCAGUUAUCAUCGCCAAGAUAGCCAAAACGUGGGGAAAGGAGAUAGCAGCAUCAUGAUCAGGAUCGAGCAUGCAGGACGCUGUAAUUAAAUAUCUAGACAUUCCCUCCUUGUAGAAAUUCACUAUGGUAUCGCAAUCCGUUCUCUAUUUACACCAUGGACAACUCAAUCCGUUCCACCGAUGGUCCCGAUACCAUCGGUCCCGAUCCACACCCAAGAAAGACAUUCCGCCAUUACUUACAACGAGUCCGCAAUUCUUUAACCACAAGGGAAGGCUUGAUCGGCAACUAUGACUAUGCCUUUUUAUUCCGCCCUAAUCUUCCAUUCAUGGCGAAGACCGACACAUCCGCUCCUUUCUUCGGCGUCAACGAUCCCAUGCCUACAUUGCUCGCCCUGCUUCUUGGUCUCCAGCAUGCCCUCGCCAUGCUGGGAGGGAUUGUUACACCACCUAUUAUCAUAGCCAGUGCAAUCUAUCUCUCCGCCGAGCAGACCCAGUACCUAGUCUCAACCACGCUGAUUGUAUGCGGGCUGCUAAGUCUCAUACAAAUCACCCGGUUUCACAUUUAUAACACACCAUAUUACAUCGGCUCCGGCAUCCUCUCCCUGGCAGGCGUUUCGUUCACCAUCAUCACUGUGUCAAGUAGUGCCUUUGACCAAAUGUACAAAAAUGGAUUCUGCCCCUCCGCAGAAGACGGCACUCCGUUGCCUUGUCCUGAUGCCUAUGGUGCCUUAAUAGGAACAAGCGCCUGCUGCGCGCUGAUUUUAGUUCUGAUUUCCUUCAUGCCGGCCAAAAUGAUCCAGAAGGUCUUCCCGCCGAUCGUAACCGGUCCCACCGUCAUGUUGAUUGGAGUCUCACUUAUCCAAAGCGGAUUUAACGGAUGGCUCGGCGGUGCCGGAAUGUGUAUGUCCAGGCCGGAAUCGGGUCUAUUUAUGAAUUGUCCUAAUGUGAACGCACCGCAUGCUCUUCCAUGGGGAAGCGCCGAAUUUGUUGGUCUGGGAUUUUCGGUCUUUGUGACCAUACUGAUCUGUGAGAGGCUAGGGUCCCCGAUUAUGAAGUCUUCUUCAGUUAUCAUAGGGUUGCUGGUUGGGUGCAUUAUUGCGGCGGCGUGUGGGUAUUUUGACCGUUCCGGCAUUGAUGCUGCUCCAACAGCGUCAUUCAUCUGGGUACACACCUUCAAACUUCAAGUCUAUGGUCCCCUCGUCUUACCAUUACUCGCUGUCUACAUCAUCACCGCCUGUGAAGCCGUGGGUGAUAUAACAGCUACAUGCGACGUAUCACAGCUAGAAGUUCAGGGGACGAUAUUUGACUCGAGAAUCCAAGGCGGGCUUCUUGCAGACGGCUUCAAUAGCGUCCUCGCGGCCCUCAUGACGGUCACGCCGAUGACAACUUUCGCACAGAACAAUGGCGUUAUUGCGUUAACACGAUGCGCCAACCGAAAGGCAGGAUAUUUUUGCUGCUUCUUCCUCCUUGUAGCUGGUAUCUUCGCGAAAUUCGCCGCAGCUAUAGUAGCUAUCCCCUCAGCUGUCCUGGGCGGCAUGACAACCUUUCUUUUUGGCUCGGUCGCAGUCAGUGGUCUAGCGAUUGUGUCGAGGGUCCCCAUGAACCGCCGCAAUCGGUUUAUUCUAACUGCUGCACUGGCAUUAGGCUACGGCGCCACCCUCACCCCAACGUGGUUUUCAUACGUUUUCGGUGCAACAGACAAUAAAAGCUUGCGAGGAUUUUUAGAGGCCAUUGAACUGGUAUUGGAAACUGGAUUCGCUGUUACAGCCUUUAUAGCUAUGCUCUUAAGCUUAAUCAUGCCAGCGGAGGCGGAAGAUGUUAGAUAUUCUGCCGCUGUCUCGUCGAUAAAUAAAGUAGAGUAAAGUUUAUAACUUAAGUUAACUUAAUAGUAAUUAAUUAACGU